AUGGAGGAAGCGAAAGCAGCCGCCGCCGCCCCGGAAACAAACCAAGAAGACGAGACCCAGGAAGAGAGCGCUUCCAACGUUCUCCGGAGAUUGUCCUCCCCGAUCUUCGGCGCGGCCGGCUUCAACUCGGACAGCGAGGACAACGACCACGGCGACGGUGACUUCAACAACACCAACGAAUCGAGGGGUGAUGGCGACGGCAGCGAUGACGAGGAGGAGACGGAGCGCAAGGAAGGCGCCGCCGAGUUGGUUCAGCGGUGGUGGCGGGAGUGCCGGCGUGCGUCGAAGCGCACGAGGGCCGUGGUUGCGGCGAGACCUGCGUUCGUUCGAAUCCAGCAGCUCUUUGACAAGCUGGACGCCGGUCAGAUGUCGUUCGAGAGGACCGGACUCGCCUUGCAGAAUCCCGACAUCCAGCGCGCCGUUACCAAGGCCCUUAGCGCGGUGCCGAGGGACGAUGCGUUGCUGGCGAUGCCGAAAGCGUCCAGAUCUACUCGGGCGGUCCUGUCAUCCCUGAUGAUCGUGUACCAUCCUGGCGAGGUGCUGACGGCUGAAGGCGACGACGAGGAAAGCGGUGAUGCCGAACCAACACCCGUGGAAGGCGUCGCCGCUAAGAAGAAGCUAGACCCGGUGGCGGCAGCGCUGCGUAACGCCUCCGCCUUGCUCCUGGCCUCCAUCAAGGCGGUCACGGCUGCGCUCGGUCCGGUAGUGUCGGGGGAGAAGGGCGCACGGAAGGACGCUCAGCGGGUGGCGGCACAGGUGGUUCAGCCUUACGCGAGGGCGUACGCGAUGCGGCUGGCGGCGGUCGCACAGGGCGACGAGCGCGUCGCGGAGAUGGUCAAGGGCCAACUCGGGCAGUACAGGGGUGGGGACUACCGACUGCCCGAUGGCCGUUUGGGCCGCUUGCUGGGGAACGAGCAGUUGGCGCACGAGAUACUCGUCAAUGCAGACUUCCAGAUCCCGGCGAUCGAGGAGGACGACCCCCGCAACAGCACCGCCUCCUCCUCCUCCUCGCCCGAGGAAGAACUGGCCCGGCGAUUCAAGGACGUCAUGCGGCGCAUAUUCUGGGACCGUUUCACGCAGUCGCUCCUGCCCCCGCCCAACCCAAUCCCCGCCGCCGCCACCUCCGCCUCGUCUGCGGAUGCCCCUGCCGGCGCCGCCUCGCACACCGCUACCGCCGCCGCCGAGGGGGAGGACGGAGCUGAAGCUGUGGUUCAUGUCACGGGGCUCCCGCCCCUGCGGGCCGGUUCCAAGGUGCACGCGAGGUACGGCUCGGAGAGAGGGUCGUACUACGCCGCCACGGUGGUCGCGGUAGGCUCUUCCUCCGAUGCUGCUUGUGGGGUCGGUGGUGGCCAAGUCGGAGGAGAACGAGGAGGCGUGUUCGUGGACGUGCGGUACGACGAGGACGGCAUGGUGGAGCGCGGGGUUCCUGUAUCAAGGCUUAAAAAGCUGGAUGACCCUCCGGACUUCGGGCCGCUGUUGGCGCUUCUGGGAGAGGUUCGAGAGGAGCUGGUGUCCCUGACGCCGAACAACUCCGUACUCGUCGGGGAGGUGCGGGCGGUCCUGUCGCAGGAGCGCCUGGCCGAGAUGCUGCGGGACAAGACGCUCGACGCGCGCCAAGUGCAGAGGCUGGUGGGGUUCAUCGCGGGGAGGAUUCUGAACCUGCAGGCCCCCGUUCGCUCGGACGGUGCUAGGGCUUGGCUCAAGGGUUUCGAUGCGAGCAUGGAAGCGGCGAUAGCAUCCGGGGACCCGCUGGCUAUCAUCCCCUUGCUCCCUCGAGUGUUCGAGUUCGUGUUCGCUCAGAUGGAGGAGAUCAAACGCGACACGGCCAACGCGCACAUCCGCCUCGUCGCCCCGUACCUCGCACGGCACGGGGCCCCCUACGAACGGGCCAAGUUUGAGGCACGCUUGUCGAGAGGCGACGUCUCGCUCGAGCGAACGAAGGCCUGGCUUUCCUCCGCGGUGCAGGGGUUUCUUGGUGGGGAUGCGGGCGAGGGGGGGACGGGGGACGAGGGAGAGCGAGCUCGUCGCGCAAAGGGGCUUCGCGACGGCCGAGAGGAGCUCCACAAGGCCGUUCUACAGGAGGCGUUCACCGGCCUGCUACGAUCAACGGUCCGGCUCGAUCGCCCCGACGCUGCCGCCGCCGCUGCGGGUGGCGUGCUCCCGGAGACGCUUGCGGGUGACGGGGGAAGGCUCGCCGCCGCCAGGGACGACGUAGACAGGGUCACCCUUGUCGCCACGCUGUGCGUCCUCGUGAGACAGGUGCUGGCACGGCUGCGUAUUGGGUGCCCGGCUCCGGCGAUGGCGGCCUUACAGGCGAAGACUAGCGGCCUCCUAAAGCAGCAAGGCGUGCUCCUGCCGCAGAUAGUGGAGGAGUGCGUGGCAACGUCUAGGCGUCUGGCGUCGUCCGCUUCAAAGGAGGGAGGGGGGGCUGCAGAAUCUCCUCCAGGCCUGCCCCCCGCCGAGGAGGAAGGGCUAAGGAGCUUGCUCAUGAGCAGUGCCGACCCCAACAACGAGGUUUUCCGCGUGUUCUUCAAGCGCGUUCUUCUGUCCCUGAAGGGGAUGGUCGCCGGAGGGGAUGCGGCGGACGUCUGCGUGCGCAACGGCAUGCAGUCCUUCGGGGAGGAGCUUCGUCCUGUGGGGGCCAGGCUGCACCGCCUUUUCGCGCACAACGUCAAGGUGUUCGCCGGGCACUACGGCCCGAUCGUCACGGAGGCUGCAAAGGCAUAUGCUCCUUCGUGAGUAGGGCGUACCACAUGGCACACGGUGGCCGUAGGUAUGUAGUUUACAAACGCUGCACCUUCUUGUUUUGGGUGGAUUCCCUGGGUUGCUUUCGAGGUGUUGUGAGCACUGCUGCUACUUCGGGGGGGGUUGGCAGUCGGGAUGAUGAUGCGGGGGGGGCUUGGAGGAAUCGCUUCUUCUUUGUUAUUCCCGGAUUCGUGGCUUUCAGCAAAUAUUGAUGUAGCAAGACCAACAACGGCUUUCGGGCAGUAACGACUGCCGUAGUGUGCACUCACUCCUAGAGAGACAGAGACAGAGAGACAGAGACAGAGACAGAGAGAUGAAAGGGGGGGGGGAGGGCAUUGCAUGUAGCAAGACUAACGCUGUUUGGGCAGAAUCGACUAUGAAGGUGUAACCUAGAGAGAGAUGAAAAGGGGGGCAGGGGGGUUAUGUAUGCGAAUGAUGCUUUCUCGUGGUUCCAGGACAAGACAUGAAGGAGCUACAUAGCUUGGGGAACACCCAAAGCGUGUAGGUGGAAUUGCCGGAAAGAGACGGCCCACACGUGAACGCGCGAGAGGCUACACCUAGGGUUGGAAUCAACUGACUGGUCUGGGUGGCAUCCAUCCAUCCUUGUCGAGCAGCGCACCUUGCGUUGAUUGGCUUGCAAAGGCUUGCGACGGGAGGUUGGUUCUACAUACCAUGCGUUUGCAUGCAAACGUCGUUGCGCGCAACAUGGCAUGGUUUACGUACGAGGUGUUUUUGUUGGGCUGGUGUCACGCAAACUAUAGUGCAAGGAACCCCGUUGAGUCCCGGCUUGGAAGUCUAGUUUUUAUCGUUCUGAGACGCUGUGUUGUGUGUGUCCUACUUCACCUUCUACAACAGUAGGUAUUUCGUUUUUGAUCCGCUUUUGUGAGGGUCACCUAUGAUUUAAGCCCGCCGGGAGUCUACUGUUACUCCGCCUUCCUUUUUUGCGGUGCAUGCUUUCUUUCUCUCUGUGCGAAGGAUUGAGACAUGCAUGCAGUGCUUGCCACGAGCGGUGGUCCAGGCGUCCUUCCGUCAGCCGAGAGGCUGCGUCAAGGCAAAAAAUUCAGCCGUUCACCAUGAGCAAAUAUUGUGUCCCCCAGAGGUUCCCAGGAUUACCGUGU